AUGCCAUCUUUUAUGAUUGGUGACAUUUUGGAGCAGAAGAGGAACAUUCAGAGACCACUGCGGCAAGGAGAUGAGUCAUUGGAGUGGGAGAUUCCCUCUCUUAAAGACCUUUCUCCCAUGGAUCUGUGCACCCGUCUAUCCUUCCCUGUUACGCCUUGGCUACCCACCCAACAAUUCACGACAGAUCUUCACUUUUUGCCACAGGAAACGCUUCAUUCUGAUGACAAUCUCCUGAAUCCUGGUGACCCAUUCAGAGGUCUUCUCAGUCCCGACGAUCUCGUUUUGCGGCAGACUGGAGGAGUCAGUAGACUUGAUUUCGAUAAAGCAGUCUUAACACCAUCAGUGGCAACGGCAGCUGGCAGUGGCAGUAUUCGCGAGGAGAGCAAUGUGGGGAAGAGCAAGAAAGUGCGGAAGGCGAGGACCGCCUUCUCCGACCAUCAACUUAAUGAGCUGGAACGCACCUUCGAAAGACAGAAGUACCUUUCUGUACAGGAUCGAAUGCAGUUGGCUGAGAAGCUGCAUCUUUCCGAUAUGCAGGUGAAAACGUGGUACCAGAAUAGGAGAACCAAAUGGAAGAGGCAGGCUAGUGUCGGGGUGGAACUGCUAACGGAGGCCACAAACAACGUAAACCGAUUUUUCCAACAACAGCAGCAACGGGCAGCAGAUGAUCGUGGAAGCUGUCAGCGUCAUAGCUUGUUAGAGCCCCUAUCGGCGCUUAUGAUGCGGUCAACAUCGGAUGGAGUGAAAUGCUCUCCUCUUCCACCCUCCGACCUUCUUGCUCUAUUUUCGGCCACACCCCCAGCCACUUCAACUGUUUCUAAUCGCCCCCUCGACCUUGAUCUUCUCAAAUGCCUUCCCCUUCCUCCACCCCCUCCUCCGCCACCACAAAUUCCCACUUCCAGCCUACUCAAACCUUUCAACCAUUGUACCAGUCGGUAG